AAGGGGGGAAGGCAGCCACCUCACUGAAUGGGGAGGGCAAAGCCGACCUCCUUGUGAGCAAAUAAAAAGCAGCUGCACGCUGAACGCCGCUGCCACACUCAGCAUGUCCACGCAGGAGAAGACACUGGCUGCCGAGACAGACACAGACACAGACACAGAGCCUCUGGGACAAACGUACUGAGGAGAAAAAAAACAAAGACAGACAGAGCACAGGGAGAAACAAAGAUCAAGGAGAAAAGGAAGAAGAAAGGACCCUUCUCUCCCCUGACCACGGACACAUCUCUAUCCAUCUCUCUCUCUCUCUCUCUCACUCUCUCACUCUCUCUCACACACACACACAGACACUCGCACACUCUUUUGCUCUCCUGCUCCUUCUUUUUUCCGCCGGGUUUUCAGAACUUGGACAGCUCCCGGCACAUGUGCCUGUGUGUGGAAGCUCGUAGCGGUCGCCUCGCUUAAAGAAACAGAGAGCGAGGGGGACAGAGAGACUCCACGGACUCUACCAGAGGACACCUCUUUAUACUCCUUUCUCUGCUCAUGUCCGUCUCCCACUUUGAGACUAGCAGGGGAAAUCAGCGACAGCAGCAGCAGCAGAAGUCUGUCAGCUCCUUUGUGACCCCCCCAUAUCACCCCACCCCACCCCCCCAGAGUGGAGGCACCAUGGCAAGCAUUAGAGAGCAGGAGAGGCAGCUCUUCGAGAAGUUCUGGGAGGGGACCUUUAAAGCCGUCGCCAUGCCACGACCCGAGAGUAUCAUCAUGGCCAGCAUCACCGCUGGAAGGACCUUGACAAAAUCAGAGGCGUCCAUCUCUCUACCUCCCAAAGUCAGUGAGAGGACUGUAGAGUCCAAGGAGACUGCGGCGGUUGCCAAACACCAGAACGGACGAGCCAAAAAGAGGGGACGUAAGCACCGCAGCCAUCACCGCACUCGCAGUGUGUCUUUUGAUGGUGACCUUUCACCCCGGCCUAAGAGAAAGAAAAAGAAGAAGAAGUCGGAACGCAAGCGGAGGCGGGAGAGGGCUCCGUCGUGCAGCCCCUCGCCAGUGAGGAGGAAGAAGAAGAAGAAGAAGAAGAAGAAGAGCUCAAGGAAGAGAAAGCAGCACAGAACUGCAUCGAAAAAAAGAAAGCACAGCUCCUCAACCCCCAAACAUAAGAGGAAGGAGGACAGGAAGCACAAAAAAAGGUCACGGAGCCAUACACACCGGAGACGACGCCACGCAAGGUCAGGAGCCGAGGGGUCCACCUGGAAUAUAUCCAGCUCUGACAGCAGGCAACAUCUCCACGCAUCAGAUCCAUUCCAACCGAAUCCAGCCGGCCUGGGGGACACCCGCCAUCUGGACGCCAACCAAAGAGCUUUAGACUGGGGGACAGCAGUCAAGUUAGCCAGUAAAACAUCCCCACAUUUCAGCUGCAGUACCUCGGACAGCACCAUUUCGCGGUCAAAGCCUGGAGGUGAGGUUGUGCAUGAUGGGAGCGUCCUCCACAACACGCUGUCCAAUCAGAACAAAAUACCGCAGGAUUACGACUCGGGCAAUGACACUUCCUCGCCGCCGUCGUCUAAAACGGGCGUCUCGAGGUCAAACGUCUGCAGGGUCCAGUCCGUCCUGGGGCGCGUGGACGGGGACAGCGCGUCCGACUCGGGGAACUCGGUGACCAGCUACGUGUCGCUGUGCAAGCUGGCCAAGAGCACGUCCUCCUCCCUCUGCAACACGAAGAAAGAGGAGAGAUCUGCCGUAUGGAAGGAAGCCACGCGGGUGUUCAGCAGUAGUCUGACCCCUCUGAGAGAGUGCCACAGGACCAGGUCCCUCCGCAGUGCCAGCAGAUCCCCUUCUUCAGCCAGCUCCCGCUUCUCAGGCUCCUACUACUCCAGAAGUCUAUCCAGAUCCUCUGGGAGGAGGUCAUACUCCCGGUCGUCGGGUUACUCUGUGGACUCCAGGGAGGGGAGUGUGUUCAGUGGCAGACUCUCCAAAUACUCCCCCAGCAGGGAUCAGGAACGGAGUAAGGAGCGCAGUCCCAGUGAGAAACGGUGUAAGCAUGGCAAGAAGAGGCGUAGGAGGAAGUCCUACUCCCCCAUGCGGAAGAGGAGGAGAGAUUCACCCAGUCAUCUUGAAGCUCGGAGAAUCACCAGUGCCAGGAAGAGGCCCAUUCCCUACUUCCGGCCUAGCCUGUCAUCCUGCAGUCGCUCCACCAGCGUGUCCUCCUUGACCAGCUUCUUCGGCAUCACCCGCAAUACCAGCAGGAGCCGGAGUAGAAGUGACAGUCACAGCUGUAGCCGCAGCCGGAGCAGGAGUCGGAGGCGGAGUUGGACUCGAAGUCGAAGUCGAAGUCGAAGUCGGAGUCGGAGUCGGAGUCGCAGCUGCAGUUACUCCAGUUACCGUAGCUACAGCCGUAGCUCUUCAUGGGACUCCAUGCGUGGCAGUAGAAGUCGGAGCCGUACUCGGAGUCGGACCCGAAGCCGGAGCAGGAGCUACGACUCGCUAGGGAGCUACAACAGGGGUCGUCGCUAGAACUCACAGCAGGAGUCGUCGCUACAACCCGCAGCAGCUGGCUGUACUGUUACAAACCAGACGGCUGAAAACAGCGUUUCAUUAGUGAUAAUAGAAAGUCUUUUUCAUGGUGUACUGUUCUAUUUAUUAUUUAUAAAUUUGUUUACUUAUUUAAUUAAUUAAUUAUUUAUUUAUUUAUUGACUGUGUUUCAUUGCCAAAUGCACAAUUGCUCAUGUAUCAAAAGAGUCUCAGAAAAACAGACAGAGAUGGUUUGCCAGAUCAAUUUACAAUUUGCUGCUUCUGCUUUGGGAAGACCCAAACAGCUUUGUCUUCUCUCUUCAGAACAGAAUUUUCAAGAUUGCAAUUUUGAGCGUAUUGUGAUUAUUUUCUUUGUAUAUUUUUCUAUAACCUUCAUUUUCAGGGAUAGUGUCAAAAGCACUUGAGAACACCUGGGGUUUUCUGUCAGGGCAAUGGUUCUGAUUUUGGCUUCUUGACGUAGAUGUCAAGGCGACUUUGAAAAAUGAGCAGUCUGUCAGCCGUGCUGGUAAACAUGCAGAUAUCUACCCACAGAUCAAAUGCCAGGUGUAUGUAUCUCCCACGCAAGAGCACAACAAUUCAAAUGUCAUCAGAUAUGAUAAUGCUGAUAGCCCACAACGAAGAGAAAAACAAAAUGGAAAAAAUCUACACGCUGAUGGAAUCGCAGUGUGAUCCCAUCUGUUCGUGACACGAUAGAUUGAUUAGGCUGCAUACUAAUGCAAACUCCCCAUGGAGACCAAAACCCGGUGGGCCUCUUUAGAUACCAACCAGUUCUGAAACUGGGUCAGAUGUGGGCCAAAUCUGGGUCGGAACCAAGCCAGCGUUGCAUGGCUGUGUGUGUGUGUGUGUGUGUGUGUGUGAGUGUGUGAGUGAGUGAGUGUGUGUGU